GUGCAUCAUCUCAGUGCCACCUUUUGUGUGUUUUAACGCCGUCAUGUGAUUCAUUAAAUAUUAUUAAAUGCAGUACUAUCAGGUAAUGCUUAAGAUGGAAGCAUGUUAUCAUCUCGUACGUUGACCAUUAACUCCUCAUAAGUUUUCUUGAAGUUGGGGAAAUAGCUGACUUUUCUUAAACAAAUAAAAAUAAUAAGAGAAGGGGGGUGGUGUGGUCGGCGCCGUCCCAAAGCUCUUCCAAGUACAUAAAAAUAGUAUUCAAUGGGAGACGAUAGUAGUCUAUAUAAAUAGAAAGAUAGAGUGAGUUAGAGAAGCAGAAAGCUCAAGAAGAAAAAAUGAUUUCAUUGUUGUUUCCACGGUCUCCUUUGUGCACAGUAGCCAUACUAUUCUACACAUACGUGUGCAUUCCUUUAGGGAAGUUGAAGAAUCAGUGUGGAGAUGUUAGAUCGCAUGAUGAUGAUGAUGAAGGUUACAACCUAACCAGUGUGAUGUUUGGGGACAAGGAAAAGAAGGAGGAGGAAGAGAUAUGCUGCUCAAUAUGCCUUAUGGAUUAUGAAGAUGAGGAUGCGGUGACACAACUUCCAAGAUGUAAUCAUCUCUUCCAUGUACAUUGCAUUGAACCUUGGCUUCUCCGUGGCAGUCUCACUUGCCCUCUUUGCAGAUCUUUUGUAUUCUCUCAAACUACUACUCCUACCCACAACAAUGUUAUUAAUGUUCAUUCCUCUUCCACCUUCCAUCUCUCUCUUGUUUCUUUCUUCUUCUUGUUGUUUCUCCAUCAUCUGAUUGAAUACUUGUUGUAGCCUUCAUUCUUUGUUAGCACACUCAUUCUUUUAUAUAUACAUUUACAGUGUAUUGUUUUGUC